UUAAAAAUAAAUAAUAAAUGCUUUCUGGGAAUUAUUUGUUCAAACUAUGUAUAAAAUUAUUUAAACUUAAUGUUAAAUUCAGAAAAUUUGUUUUUUUUGCUCAAUUUACAUUUUAAAACAACGUAUUCAUGUAAAAAUUAGUUUCCAUUUGAUACAACGUUGGACUUUGUGUGUGUAUUAAAAAUCGGGUAUAUACAAUAUUUCAUUGAAUUUAACUAAUAAAUAAGUAUUGAACAUUUUUAAUGUAAAUAUUGCUAAGAGGUACUGAAUUUGCGAAUAUAAAACAUUUUUAAAUAUUAAAUUGGUAAUGAGGUAGGUACAAACUUAUGCCACACAAACGUACAAUGCGCGGAAUAUUUUCGUAUCGCCCUUCUAUUUGCUUCUCAAAAAGUUGAGGUCGGUGGUACACACACAGCCGCGUGUGUUAAAUUUUCAUGAGAAACUGUAUAUUUCGAGUGUAAAAGUAAAGUGUAGUGAAAAAUGUCUGAUUCAGCCGUUGCCACGUCCGCAUCUCCUGUGGCAGCUGCACCAGCUUCAGCCGAGAAGAAGAUAGCUUCCAAGAAAACGGCAGGAGCAGCAAAGGUUAAGGCAAAAAAGACAACUGCGCCGCCAUCACAUCCGCCAACUCAGCAAAUGGUCGACGCUUCGAUUAAGAGCUUAAAGGAACGGGGAGGCUCAUCACUGCUGACAAUUAAAAAAUACAUCGGUGCUACAUAUAAGUGCGAUGCCCAGAAACUGUCGCCAUGCAUCAAAAAGUAUUUGAAAACAGCAGUGGCAAGCGGUAAAUUGAUACAAACAAAAGGCAAGGGCGCAUCUGGCUUAUUCAAACUAUCCGUAUCUGCCAAAAAGGUCGCCAAGCCAAAGACCGAAUCUGUAGAAAAGAAAGCUGCUGAUAAGAAGCCAAAGACAGUAAAAGUGGCAAAGGCUAAGGAUGCCAAAAAGACAGGAACCGUUAAGGCGAAGCCAACCACAGCAAAGGCGAAAUCAAGCGAGACCAAGCCAACUGCAAGUACUAAGCCUAAAAAGACGGAACCGACGACACCUAAAAAGACAGUUGCUAAGAAGUCAAAGGGCGUUGCUGCCAAGAAGUAAACUCAAAUGCAUACUCACACGAGCAUGCGCAAAUUUUAAAGCAUUGAAAUUUUAUUUUAUACAAAGCCCUUAUCA